AUGCCGUAUAACAUUGCGAUGGUCAGUGAUUUCUUCUUCCCCCAGUCUGGGGGAAUUGAGAGUCACAUCUAUCAGCUGUCUUCCAAACUCAUUGACCGCGGACACAAAGUGAUCAUCAUCACACAUGCAUAUAAAGGCCGUACAGGUGUCCGCUACCUUACCAACGGUCUCAAGAUUUACCAUGUCCCCUUUUUCGUGAUCUACCGAGAAACGACAUUCCCCACCGUCUUUUCGUUCUUUCCAAUCUUCCGAAAUAUUGUGAUCCGCGAGCAAAUCGAUAUCGUACAUGGCCAUGCAAGUCUCAGCAGCUUCUGCGGGGAGGCCAUUCUGCACGCCAGGACGAUGGGCCUCCGCACUGUUUUCACCGAUCAUUCCCUUUUCGGAUUCGCAGAUGCAGCUUCGAUCUUAACCAAUAAGCUGCUCAAGUUCACUUUGAGUGACGUGGAUCACGCUAUUUGCGUCAGCCAUACUUGCAAAGAGAAUACCGUCCUCCGAGCCUCAUUAGACCCGCUCAUGGUGUCUGUCAUUCCGAACGCUGUGGUUGCCGAGAACUUCUGUCCAUUGUCACAUAGCUCUCGGGCUCCUGAUCAGAUCCCAAUCUCACCAGCCGAUCCUCGUCCAUCUCCAACCCCCAUUGGUCCCGACGACACAAUCACGAUCGUGGUCAUUUCCCGUCUUUUUUACAACAAGGGCACUGACCUUCUUAUUGCCGCAAUCCCACGAAUCUUAUCCUCCAACCCGAAUACUCGUUUUAUUAUCGCUGGGUCCGGGCCAAAGGCAAUUGACCUAGAGCAAAUGCUAGAACGAAACGUGCUCCAAGACAAGGUCGAAAUGCUCGGGUCUGUCCGCCAUGAAGAAGUACGGGACGUCAUGGUCCGCGGGCACAUCUAUCUCCAUCCUAGUUUGACGGAGGCCUUCGGCACAGUCAUUGUUGAAGCUGCUAGCUGCGGACUAUACGUCGUUUGUACUCGCGUGGGAGGCAUUCCCGAAGUGCUACCGCAGCAUAUGACAACAUUCGCCAAACCCGAGGAGGAUGACCUCGUCGUUGCAACGAGCAAAGCGAUUGCCGCUUUGCGAUCCAACAAAGUCCGCACAGACCGAUUCCAUGACCAAGUGAAAAUGAUGUAUUCUUGGCGGGAUGUGGCUGAGCGCACCGAGCGCGUCUAUCAGGGCAUUAUCGGUGACAUUAGCCCGUCGGAGUUUUAUGGCUACUACCCGGGACAGGGCUGGGAUGCCAGCGGUGACCGGGUGCGCAGUUUUGCGCUUAUUGACCGCCUAAAGCGAUACUACGGAUGUGGUGUUUGGGCGGGUAAGCUCUUUUGCCUGUGCGUGGUCAUCGAUUUCCUGAUCUUUGUCUUUCUGGAGAUGUGGUUUCCCCGGGGCAAUAUCGACAUCGCGCGCAGCUGGCCAAAAAAGCGGCCAGCGGAGAAAUCUAGUACACGCCCAAUUCGCAGCAGCCGUUCAUGA